AUGGCGCAAAGGUACGACGAGCUGGCUCAUUACGGAAGCGCGAUGGAUGGAGUCGGAGUUCCAACCUCCAUGUACGGAGACCCGCACGCCCCACGGCCCCUGCCCCAGGUCCACCACUUGAACCACGGGCCGCCCCCGCAUCCGACUCAGCACUAUGGAGCACACGCGCCGCACAACAUCAUGCCCAGCAGCAUGGGCAGCGCCGUCAACGACGCACUUAAGAGAGACAAGGACCAAAUCUACGGCCACCCUUUAUUCCCACUGCUGGCUCUGGUGUUCGAGAAGUGCGAGCUGGCGACCUGCACGCCCAGAGAGCCCGGGGUGGCUGGGGGAGACGUCUGCUCCUCCGACUCCUUCAAUGAAGACAUAGCUGUAUUUGCAAAACAGAUCCGCGCAGAGAAACCUCUAUUUUCUUCCAACCCAGACCUGGAUAAUUUGAUGAUUCAAGCGAUUCAAGUCCUUCGAUUUCAUCUGCUGGAAUUAGAGAAGGUUCAUGAGCUCUGUGAUAAUUUCUGCCACCGGUACAUCAGCUGCCUUAAAGGCAAAAUGCCCAUCGACCUGGUCAUAGAGGAGCGAGACGUCUGCAAGACGGACUUCGACGACCUUUCCGGAUCCUCUACCAACCUCGCAGAUCACAACCCAGCGUCCUGGAGAGACACGGAUGACGCCCACUCCACACCUUCUGUGGGCACACCGGGACCGUCAAGUGGGGGACACGUCUCUCAUAGUGGCGACAACACCAGUGAACUCGGAGAAGCCCUCGACAACAGCUUGGCAUCACCAGGCACUGGAGACGAGGAUGACCAGGACAAGAAGAGGCAGAAGAAACGAGGCAUCUUCCCCAAAGUAGCCACAAAUAUAAUGAGAGCGUGGCUCUUCCAGCACCUUACGCACCCAUACCCUUCAGAGGAACAGAAAAAGCAGCUAGCACAAGACACAGGCCUUACCAUUCUUCAAGUGAACAACUGGUUCAUCAAUGCAAGGAGGAGAAUAGUCCAACCUAUGAUUGACCAGUCCAACAGAGCAGGUAAAACUGCAGAGCCAGCCUUAAGUCAGGGUACAACUUACAGUCCAGAUGGCCAGCCAAUGGGGGGCUUUGUUCUUGAUGGGCAGCAGCACAUGGGUCUCCGACCUGGAGGGCCAAUGGGUAGCAUGGGUAUGAACAUGGGCAUGGACGGGCAGUGGCACUACAUGUAA